AAUUUUUUUUUUUUUUUUUUUGAAGGAAAUGAGGUAAAUGGUAAUACCCACUUAUGCAGUUAUGCGUAUGCUUCAUCUUUCUCCUCUCAAAAUCACUGUAUUAUAUCUCUCGUAAAAAGAAAAAACCCCUCCUGUACUUCAUCUCUCUCAUCUCAAAGUUUUUCAAGUACUCAAUGACUCCAUCUUCCUCAUCACCUCCACAACUUCCUCACCUCCAUGCCUGAUUGCCUUCCUCCAUUUCACGGCCUUUGACACAUCAUCCUCGACUAUCGUCUGCAAGUCCUGGAUUCAAUUUUUACGAUUAAUAAGGUAGAAUGCGAAUGAAAUUUCCUCUAGAUCGAAAAUAUGCAGCCUUAAUUCGAGGAAAAUUGAAAAUUCCAGACUGAAUUUCGAACCAAUUUCAGGGGUUUCAUGCCAUAAUUCAAGCAAAAACAAAUUCGAAUCAAAUUCGAGUUUCAUCAACUAUUCAACUGGUGUGUCAAUGCUGCCACCCUCUGAGAACUUCUGAAUUGUUAAUUCUUUCAACUCCUUAAGUCCCUGUUAGGAGUUUUGAGUUCAACAUAAAGGAAGCAACACUAUAAUCCGUAUUAGUAAUACUAAUUACAGAUUUAGGUCAGCUAUUUUACCAGAGAAUAUGGUAUCUGAUAGACAAGAAGUGUCUGCAUAUCUUGGAGGAGUCUCCCGAUCGUGGUCAAGUUUAGUAGUCGUACCUUUUUGUUCUCGUGAUCAAGGGAUUGUAGCAGCCACUGUGACUUCUCAACCCCUUGCUCUGAAAAGGAACUCUCUCUUCCAAAGAGGCUUGCAGCCACAUAACUAUAGUCUUCCAGUGCUCCAAAAACGGUUACCCAUAGCACUUGUUUCAGCAGCAACUAAUGGGAGUAAAAAUAUUAUCUUGGACUGAUAAUGGUCCUCAUGAGAGGUGGAAGAAAGAAUGUUCUUGUGGAUGUGCUGGAAUCUUUAAUGCUCCUGUUGCUCUAUCACUAUUUGCCAAAAUAUUUGAAGAGGUAUGCAUUCAUAACAGAAGUAGAAGUGGCUUAGGAUGGUCAGAGAAAGCAAGAUGUUUUAGAUGCUCGAGGGUUUGCCACUGUUGUUGUAUUUGGGCGCUGUUGUUGCUGCUACAACUACUGUUGGAACAUUGCUAUUGCUUCUGCUUCUGUCUUGUUGAUUAUUACUGCUUCAAUUGUAGUGUACUCUUAAGCAUUUUUUUUUUCAUUUUUUUGGAUGAACAGUGUAUAUUUACAAGCUAUUAAUGAAAAUAUCUAAGUUUUAUGUGUAUA